ACAGCAGCAGGGGCGGGCGGACGGACCGACCGACCGCGGUGAGAGGAUGUGAAGAUGGCGGAGCUGCAGAUGCUGCUGGAGGAGGAGAUCCCGGGGGGGCGCCGGGCCCUCUUCGACAGCUACACGAACCUGGAGCGGGUGGCCGAGUACUGCGAGACCAACUACAUCCAGUCAACAGAUAAGCAGCGAGCUCUGGAAGAAACUAAAGCCUACACAACCCAGUCAUUAGCAAGCGUAGCCUAUCUGAUCAACACUUUGGCCAACAAUGUUCUGCAAAUGCUGGAUAUCCAGGCAUCCCAGCUUCGGCGCAUGGAGUCUUCAAUCAACCAUAUUUCACAAACGGUGGACAUUCACAAAGAGAAAGUUGCUAGAAGAGAAAUUGGUAUCUUGACUACAAACAAAAACACCUCAAGAACUCACAAAAUCAUUGCACCAGCUAACUUGGAGCGACCAGUUCGCUACAUCAGGAAACCUAUUGAUUAUACAAUUCUAGAUGAUAUUGGACAUGGAGUGAAGUGGUUGCUUAGAUUUAAGGUCAGCACACAGAAUAUGAAGAUGGGUGGACUGCCUCGUACAACACCACCCACACAGAAGCCACCAAGUCCACCGAUGUCAGGAAAGGGAACUAUUGGACGCCACUCUCCCUAUCGUACACUAGAGCCAGUACGGCCCCCAGUGGUACCAAAUGACUACGUGCCUAGCCCAACACGCAAUAUGGUUCCCUCACAGCAGAGCCCUGUUAGAACAGCUUCUGUGAAUCAGAGGAAUCGCACAUACAGCAGCAGUGGGAGUAGUGGAGGAAGCCACCCAAGUAGUCGGAGCAGCAGUCGAGAGAACAGUGGAAGUGGAAGUGUGGGUGUUCCUAUUGCAGUUCCCACACCAUCUCCUCCCAGUGUCUAUCCAGCCCCUGCUGGCUCCGCUGGCACUUCUCCCCUUCCUGCUACCUCUGCUCCUGCCCCACCUCCUCCUGCUCCUGCCCCUCCCUCCGCUGCCCCAGAUGCUACUGCUGCUGCUGCAGGAGCUCAGCCCCUUGCUGAUGGCUUCACCUCUCCAACUCCCCCUGCUGUUUCUUCCACACCCUCUACAGGUCACCCGGUUCAGUUCUACAGCAUGAACAGGCCUGCCUCUCGACACACCCCCCCAACAAUAGGGGGAUCUUUGCCAUAUCGGCGUCCUCCUUCUAUCACGUCACAGACAAGCCUUCAGAACCAGAUGAAUGGAGGACCAUUUUAUAACCAGAACCCAGCAUCCCUUGCUCCUCCUCCCCCUUCCAUUCUACAGGUAACUCCACAGUUACCACUAAUGGGAUUUGUGGCCAGAGUUCAAGAAAACAUUUCAGAUACUCCUCCCCCACCACCACCUGUGGAUGAGACAGUGUUUGAUGAAUCUCCACCUCCACCCCCACCUCCAGAGGAUUAUGAGGAAGAGGAAGCAGCUGUGGUGGAGUACAGUGAUCCAUAUGCUGAGGAGGACCCUCCUUGGGCUCCAAGGACCUACUUAGAAAAAGUGGUGGCAAUUUAUGACUACACGAAGGACAAAGAAGACGAGCUCUCAUUUCAGGAAGGUGCCAUCAUUUAUGUCAUCAAGAAGAAUGAUGAUGGUUGGUAUGAGGGAGUCAUGAAUGGAGUGACGGGGCUCUUCCCAGGGAACUAUGUGGAGUCGAUCAUGCAUUAUUCUGAGUGAAGAAUAGAGAACAGAACACUGCAUCUGCUGCUGCAGGAGCUGUCAGGGCUUCCCAGAUCUUCACCAGCUUCUGGGGCCUCAUCCAGUGUAACUGAAUGAAGGAUAAUUGUAACAACCACUCUUUUGUUGUUGUUGGUAGUUUUUUUUCUUUUUCUUUUUGGUUUUGUUUCCUUGUUUAUUUGUUUGGUUGGUUUCCCCCCCUGCCAUUAUAAAACAAUAGUGAUUUUAAUUGUUUGAACAAAUGGCUUUUCCAGCUGCCAUCUGAUGAUGAAUUGAGAUGACCCUUUCAGAUAUUACAAACUCCUUGAGUAGUGGAUAAUUCACUCAAAUUCUGACUGCUGACAGGCUUUGGGAUCUGUCUUAGGAAUCCUGUGUGCACUUGUGGUACUACCCUUGGCAGCAGCACCUGCCCUUGGGAUGUCCUGGAUGCUUGCGCUGGAGAGUUACUGGCCAGUGGACACCCCUCAUGUUCCUACACUACACUCCUGUGUAGCUGGAAGAACAGCUGUGUGCUAGCAAACACUGGGAUUUCUGCACAGAGCCAUUCCUGUAACUGAUUUCCAGAUAGCUGGAUACAUCUUUAGCAUAAACACUUCUGCAGCUGCUCUGCACAUGUAGACUGACACAGGGGCACAUAGAGCUGGCUUUCAUUCACUCACUUUUCAGUUUAGACAAUUAAGAUGACUGCAGCCCAGAGGACCCUCACCCCACUUCCUCAUCUUUGAAUGCCACAGAUUUGUUUUGUGUUGUGCACUGAUUUAAAUACCCUCCUCUCCACAGCAAGCUACUCACCAUGAGUACUGCUGCUUUAAGUGAAAUUCACAGACGCCGUUGACGGUAAAAGCAAAACAAAGUUUACAGGUCCUCCUGGGGUCUGAGGAUAAACUCUAGAGGCUGUGAUUUAGGGUUCAAGUCUAUUCAUGCCUGCUUGCACUAGAGAAACUUAACCCCAGCUUUAGUCUUAUGCACAAUAUAAUCUUAAAAAUCCAAUCAGGUAUUGUAAAUUGGCUGUUUUGUACUUGAUGGCUAGAUUUGCAUACGUACUGUGAGAGCCCUCUGCAGAGGCAGGACAAACGGCAAUUGUCGUCUUCAUGUCCCUUGCCAAAAUCACUUCGGUGGAAGUAAAAAGGGCUGUUGUGUGUACUGGUUUCCCAUGGAAAUCCAAGCAGUAACUAGUAGUAGUCUUAGCUCUUCCCCCAGCCCUCUCCAUCGUUUAUUAUAGAGAAAUAGAUAUUUUGAGCUGUACUGGUGGAUCUGGGGGGGAGUAAUACCAAGUGAAGGCUCUGUAGUCCCUUGUCUUGAUAGUUUUCUUUUUAAUCUAGUCUCAGUUACAAGUGCUGCUCAGUGAUUCUGCCUCGCAGAUCAGAGUAAAGCGAUGGCUCCACUAGUCUACCCUUAGGAAGGACUGCAUGUUAUCAUUGAGUAAAUGUCAUGCAUUAACAGAGUGAACUGAUUAAGCCUCCUGUUACAGAUCUGUUAGCCUGCAAAUUCAGCUGAACCUGCAUCCUGAGAACCUUCUGAUCCCAGGCAUCUUUCUGAGCAACUUUUGCCUGGCUGAGUUCCAGGUGGCGCCAGCAGUGGCAUGUUGAAGGUAGGCAAGGCAGUGCUGCAGCUGCCUUCUGAGGCCUGUGUGUCAACCAGAGUGCUGCCAGGACUAGGUUUGUGGCAGUAGUGGCAAUGAUACAGGUAAUCGACCUAGUCCUCUUGGUUGGCAAUCCCUGCCAUAUCGAGAUGGAGGUGCAGGCUUGGUGCAGAGCUGGGCAGGGAGGUGCCGCAGUUCGCAGUCAAGUGAGGUGCGUUUGUGGGAUACGGAGGUUUGUGAUGAUGAUCUGCCGCAAGCUUGCAGAAGAGUGCACAAACUGUGACAGUGUGUAAGGAACUAGUUUGGUUGAGGCUUACAAGAGGUACACCUUAGAAGAAACUGGUGCAGAGAUAGAAGUUGCUUUCUCCCCUGCUCAAUCCACAGUCAUGUAGCAAAACCACUGUUGUCUUCUUUGCAGAAGCUGACAGCGUUAUUGUUUCUACCUUUCCCCAUGAAAACUUCUGUCUUGUGGCAAGAGUAACAGAAGCAGCCAUGUUCAGUUUCCUCAGCUCAUUUCUCUGUGAGCAAGCCUAGAAACACUGUGCAGGCACUGGAAUGAGCAUUUCUAGUAUCAUAGGGUAGGUCUUAAAAUGCUUUUUGCACAGGAAGGUGGUGCUUACAGCCCAGCUAGCAGCCCAGGCGAUUGAUCAGUAAUAAUGCACAAGCCUUUGGUGCUCACACAGUGGCUGUUUUCCAGGACUAGCAGAGCUUCCCUGUUUUCUCUUGCCUUGGGUGUGUUUGUGAUAAAGCUCAAAUGCUUUGCUAGGACAGCUUAGCGAGUCACUAAAUGAGCCAAACCUCUGUCCCUACGCACCUGUGCUCUAGAAGGCAGGUCACACCUCAGUAAAACAUGUAAGAGCAUGUGCUUGAAUAUUUGUGACCGGUGGGUGGGGAUAGCUUGUACUUCCACUGUGUGCGAUACACACCUGUGUCCUUAAUCUUCAUUCAGCUGCUUGGUCGUCUUGCAAGUCAUCUGUGUUGCAAGAGCAGAAUAGUGUGAACUCUGGGGAGUGCUUGCCAAAGCUUAGCACAGAAGAUGAGGCUGCAAAACCUCAAAAGUGAAACGUGUGAAGCUCCUUAUCUGACUUAGGUCUGAUGAGCCAGGGCUUAGUUUGUUCCCUGCUGCGAGCGUGUGGAGUUGUUUGUUGUCCAAGAGCUGGGGUGGAUGAAAUUCUUGGGUCAGCUGCUGCUGGUUUAAUGCUUUAUUAUGCAGUACUAAUGUAAAGAGGUUUAGGCAUAUUUUUUAUUUUGUACAUAUUUUAAUUCUGUGGCUUCUUUGGGGAUGCUGUGAUGUAAUGGUCAUAGACCAGGCCAAGGUAAACAGGCUUUAGAGAUUAAUGUUACAUAGAUUGCAUGCUAGUAAAGCCCACGAGGAUUGUGUUUCCAGUUUUGUCCCUUGUACUCCUUAUCCAAAACCUUCCCCCCUGCAGGCUCCUUUUUUAAUUUACACGUUUACUUUAAAAGGGGGUGGAGAAUGGAGGGGAGGAAACACCUCAGUAUUUCAUAUAAGUGCAUAUCACUUCACUGAGUUCUCCUGCCACAGCUGAAGGUGUUCGGUAUCACAGGCUGUUGAAGCAGCAGUGUGCAUGCAUGAGAGAGAGGCUGGGGAAGGAGACACUCCAGAAUAGCCCAAAGAGUGCUGUAUGGCCAAAAUUAGUAUGUUUCUUCCUUUCUGAGAGCUGCCUUAGCCCAGACAGCAGGUUUCAUUGUGCACAGAAAUCAGUCAGCCUCUCUAGCACUGUAUUUUGCUUUGGUUUGUUGUAUUAAAGAUGUCUUGCUUGCUCUUGGCCCCGGUGACAAAGCCAUUACCAACAGCUGCGUGUCUGCUUGAGAGGCUGGCUGCCUGAGUCUGUCCCCACCUAGUGCCGAAGCAGGUUCUUUGGGUGCCUUCUUUCCAGCCGAGGUUACCUAUGUCUCACCUGUUUGAAUAUUUUUUUCUCCUCUUCUUUUAUCUUGUUUGUUUUUUUCACUAUUCUUAUGCUGGAUUUCAUGUUCUUUUGUUUCUCACUUGCUAUUACAGCAGAGAGCUAAGAGGGCAGGGUCAGGCGAGGCAAGCAGCAAAAUGAUGUGUCCCUACACAGUGACUGGAGUAGGCACAAGAGACCUGAAGUGAUGUUUUGUGACUCGCUGGCCUGUCUAACGACAUGGGGACUAAUACGCUGAAGAGCCAUUGCUCUUGCUGGAGGACAAGAGACUCCCUCCCCACCUCCACACAGCGUGGUCCUGGGUCAGAGGGCAGCACUUGGUGUGUGUUACUAGGAGGCUGACGACAUUCCUGGGACUCCAUUUGUCCUUGUGGUUGAGUUGGGUGUUUCUGAAAUGGCUGGAGGGUGCUGUUGGUUUGAACCACAGCUCCCCACCGCACCAGCAGUCUUUGGCUGGGGGGGUGCCAGGAAGGCUUUGACCCAGCUAAUUCUUGCUUAGAGCAGUUUGUUCUCUUUCACAGCUUUUAGGCAUUUUCUUUCUUCGCUGCUGACAGCCAAAGUUAACCUUGGCGGUGAUGCAACUUCUGAAAACUGGCACAUUUCUCUAGGGUGUUUCAGCUGAUUCUGAAAAGAAAGCAAGGCAGCAGUAGGACUGAUGUCUUUCUGCCUAGUGUGCUUGUGCACAUCAUUGACUAGAAGUGGAGGAGGGAUGCACAAUCAAACUGCUGCGAGUGGUGUCUCCCACCUGUGCUGGGCUCUUCCUGGAUCUCUCACUACUUCCUAGCAAGUGCUGCAGAUGUGCCCCUGCUGGAAAUGAUGUCUCAUUUAUUAGUUCUGUUUCUGAGCUUCAGGCGUAACUCAGAAGCAGAACUUCUGGAAAGGAAGUGACUUUAUCCCCAGUAGUAAACUGGGACCAUUUACAAUGCUCCUCCUCCCAGAGGUGGGACGGGCCAUCUUGUGCAACAGGUGCUAUCUCUGCUCUCUGCAGGACAACUGGUUGGAAGCUGCUAGACAAUGCUGUAGGGAAAACCACGGGCGUAGUGGCUCCUACUGGAAGCAAUAUUUGCAUUAAGAACAUAGAGCCACUGAGCAGUGCAGCUUUGAGACAAACCCCAUGCAGAGACUUCAGUUCCUGCCCUGAUAACAGUAGCAGAAAGAAAGGUACUGUGCUGUCACGUUCACUAAGGCAAGUCUUUACACCCCUAACCUCUAGAGCUGGUGUUGUAAACUGAGCAUGAGCAGGUAGAUGAUGUGCUGUAGGUUAUGGGCCACAUGUUAAAGAAUUUACUGUUCUUAGAGGUAUGGUCACAUUCCUGCUUUCUGACAUCUCGCAAAUAUUGAGCAGAGCUACAUUUUCUGGGUAAAAUGGUGUAUUACACAGAGGUCAGAAUAGUGCACAAAGGGAACAGUUUGUGGGUGGCUGGAUGUUUUGUGGUGUUCAGUUGUGUUUUUUUUUUUCCACACACUUUCCCCCCAAGUAGCUGAAGUGUGUAGUAAACAGUUCUACUGAGCUACUUUUUCUUUUUAAACUGCAAGAAUAGUAAUACCCUGAUGUAUGCCCAUGGGAAGGGUGGAUGAAAACUUGAUGCAGCCAAGGUUUGCCAGCUGCUGUUACAAAGACUAAAUUGGCGAGCAUGGUGUUUUGCUGAUUUCAGUUAAAAAACCAACUUGUGUUUUGUGCAGUCUCCUACCCGUGCGGGAAAUGUUGUUUCUUUGGUACUCCAAGCAAUUAGCACCUUUGCUUCUUACAAAGCAUAUUACAGACCAGUAAAGUCAGCAGCAGCCAGAGGUAAACCUAGAGCCUGCUGCACACCACCGUGGGGGCUGCCGAAGUGCGUGCAGUGCAUUUGUUCCUGUUUCUCUUAAAACCUCAGAAGAAUCCUGCCUAGCGUUGUUGACUACUGAGGCAGAGCUGUGUACAAAUCCAUUUACAUUAGGGCGCCUUGUUGAAGUGCUGACAUGCCUGAGAUUCUUUUGUAACGACCAAGUGCUUCUUUUCACAUUUGGAAAAGCGUCUUUUGCAACUUGCAUGGACAAGUAGUUUCUAUGAAUUCUCCGGAGAUGUCAGUGUCUAACAUGGAUUUUGUCCAUGCCCUUUUUUCCUAAAGCAGGUACCCCAACCCGCCCCCUCCUUUGGUUUGCAGUCAGAGAAGCACGCUGUGCUUUUGCUUUUGGCACUGCUGAUGCAGUGGAGGAGUGCAGAGCCCACUGUAAAUGCCCGAGCCUGCAAGACUCUGGGGAGCUGUAUGCCACCAGUAAUAUUUUAUUUUGUGUGCCAUUUAAACCACCUUCCAGUGAGUGCAAACCCCAAUUUUUAAAUUUUUUAAUUGUACUUGGAAUUAACUGUUGCUGUGUACUAAACCCUCUUGUUACGAGCCCUAAAUAAAAAGAAGAAAGCACA